AUGGCAUCCUAUUUGAAGAACGUUGCAAUCAUUGGCGCUAGCGGCAGUAUAGGCAAAAUCAUUCUCGAUGGCCUUGUUGCAUCUUCCCAGUUCGAAAUUACCGUCAUCUCCCGCAAGGAGAGCGAGGCAACCCUCCCACCUGGACCUGGAGUGACUGUUCUCAAGAGCGACUACUCAGACAAAGGUCUCGAGGCUGCAUUCAAGGGCAAAGACGUUGUCAUUUCGGCGGUGGGUGCCACGGCGUUCGGAGAACAGAAGAAGUUUGUCGAUGCAGCCAUCCGCGCAGGUGUCAAGCGUUUUAUCCCAUCUGAGUUCUCGGCAAAUAGCCAGAACGAUGCUGUGUUGCAAUUACUGCCACUAUUCGAACAGAAGAAGGAACUCAUCGAGUACCUCAAGAGUAAGGAGACCGACAGGUUGACCUGGACUGGUAUUGCUGCUUCCGGCUUGUUUGACUGGUCAUACGGCUACUAUUUGGGAUGGGGUAACAAGAGUUUCACCUUGACCAAUCAGAAGGCCCUCGGUGAUGCUAUUGCUUCUGUCCUGCUGCAUCAUGAUAAAACUAGAAACCAGUUUCUGUUUAUCGCCACGGUUGAAACCACCCAGAAGGACAUCCUUGCGGCUUUAGAGGAGGAGUCAGGAGUGAAAUGGACGGUGAACGAGACUACCACUGACAUUCAAGUCACUGGGGCCGUCGAAAAACUUGCUGCUGGGGACUUUAGUGGUGCUUUUUCUCUGGUUCGAGCCACUGUGUAUGGCAACACCCCGGGUCUCCAUUCAAACUAUGCCAAAGAGGAGAAGCUGGCAAACGAUGUGUUGGGACUCCAAUUGGAAACUGUCAGCAAUGUCGUCAGGCGUGUGCUUAAUAAAUAG